CUUCCCAAUCUUCCCAUUCCCCCAGUGUCCCGAUUACUGAUUCUACUGUUCUAGUAGUGAGAAACUCCGACAACUUGUCAACUGUCGAGUAAUGAAGUUUUUUCGUCGGUUCAGGAAUAUUGCUUUAGACACAAUUAUAAGCGAUUUCCGCUUACGGGCGAAAUUACCGUAAAAAAACUACUAGAAGUGCUAUUGUGAAAACGUAUUUGUGUUCGCAGCGAUAGAGAGACAUUACGGUGAGGACGGAGUAUUUGACAUUUGCGAGUUUUUAUUUGCGAUAUUGCAUGCCUGGUACCGGAAACGAGGAGAGAAAUUUCUUUACGAAUGGACAUUUAUAAUAGAUAACAAUGGAAGGUCCAUUAGAAAUAAAGAACUCAAGUGCAGGUGUGGAGGAACCGAUAAAGUCUGAAGCUCUUGUACAAAAUUCCGACAAUAGUGAGCGAAAUGAUGGCAUAACUUCUCCACCUCCAAAUUGCAGCAUUUGUUUGGGAAAGCUAGUUAAUACGUCGUUCACGGACAGUUGUCUACAUCAGUUUUGCUUCACCUGCUUACUUCAAUGGUCUAAAAUCAAGACAGAAUGUCCUUUAUGCAAGCAAACAUUUAAAUCAAUUAUACACAAUGUAAGAUCAGAGGAAGAUUAUGAUCAGUAUCAUGUACCACGUGAAUUGGUAUCCCAAAUUUCUCAGCCACAAGUAACUGCUACUUUGGAUCUCAACUUUGAUGUUGAUUGGGAUGCUACACCUCGUCGAUUUGUUUACAGGACAACAAUGACUGGCAAUCGUCGACAUGGGAUGUUAUUAAAUCCAGAGCAAGUUACAAGACGAGAGCAAUUGCCCAGUAUGGUACAUCAAGUGUCGAGAGAAGAACGUAGACGUAGACGUGCUAAUCCUACAGAUUAUCGUCGUACCGUUUAUAGGCACGGUAUAUGGGCUACUCCAUUACCUGAUAUAUUUGGACGUUUUCGCGAAUGCACCCCUGAAUAUUAUAGAAGACAACCGCAGGAAUUAGAUCGCCUUAUACCAUGGCUAAAUAGAGAAUUGCAAGUUUUACUUAAUAAUGAACCAACCCACAUUGCAUAUGUGUUGAAUGUAAUAAUGGAUGCCUUAACUCUAUAUGAUAUUAGAAGCCCAGAAUUUCGUAAUGUCGUCCGACCCUUCUUCGCUACACAUUCUGAUCAUUUUGCACACGAACUAUUAAAUUUUGCCCAAACCAACUUUGAUUUGGUCGGAUAUGAUCAAUCUGUUACUUACAUGCCACGUGGUUUAUCAAAUGAAUAUGCAACCCAUAUCGCAUCGCCUACAUCUAGUAGCGUUAGUAAUAGCAGUAGCAGCAUUAGUAGCAGCAGCAGCAGUAGCAGUAGCAGUAGCAGUAGCAGUAGCAGUAGCAGCAGCAGCAGCAGUAGUAGUAGCAGUUUCACCUUCGAUAAUGCUGAUGUACGAAUACUCGCUGAAGCGAUCGAUUUGAGAGUAAACACUGAAAUGCCAAAUAUGUUAUCACAUCCUAUUAGUAUGCCAGGCCCUAGCAUAACGGGACAGAUGUUUCGCAGAAUAGAAACGUCAAAUAAUGAACCUGAACUCUUAAUUGUUUCAUCGAGUUCUUCUGAAUCAGAUGGUGAAUGUGAAAUAAUUGGUUAUAUAAAACCACGUCAUGAAAGAACACCGGAAAUCAUAGAGCUACUUUCUUCUGAUUCAGAACAUACGUCUAUUCCUCAUACAUCGAAUGGAAAUAUGCAAUCAACCAUAAGAAGAACACAUAUGGAAAGUGUGUCACUACCAAAUACGUCUCAUGACACAAAAGAAUCAUCUUUGUCGUCUUGUUCGGCCACGAGUAGUGAUGCUACUUCCGAUAGUGAUUACGAUCCAAAACCAAGACGAAAUCGCUCGAAGAAAUCAGAGAAGAAAACAGCUGUACAAAAACAUAAAAGAUCAUAUGGAGGAACAGGAAGUCGGACUAGACUAAGAAAAGAAGGUUCUAAGAAAAGAAAAUUAUCUAGUUCUAGUGAUUCUAGCUCUGAAAGUUCGCUAAAGAAACGUAACGAGAAACGGUCGAGAAAGGCAAAAUAUAGGGUACAGGCUAAAGGUACUGGACGAAUAAAACUUAUUAAAAGAGAAGAGAGCUAUUCAGAUUCGUCCAGUGAAAGUAGUAGCACAGAAACUGACAACAAGACGAAAAUCAAGAAAUGUUAUAGAGAAUAUAAAUCGAAAAGGGAUUGUUCCUCUAGUACAAAUAAUCAUACAGCGAAAAGUGGAAAGACGAGAAGUAGUAAAACUUUGAAUCUGGAAAAAUUAAAGCCUAAGAACAAGGAUCCGAAGUAUAGUGAAACCAGACAAUCUAGAUCUAGAAGUAAUAGUGUAUCUUCUAACGCAUCUGAACGAGAUAAAAGACCAAAUUACAAGCACCGGAAAUCUCGAAGUAUGAACGAGUUUGGAAGUCAAGAUGACAGUGUCUCAGUAAACAAAGAUACGUCAAAAAGUGAAUGUAAAUCAAAAUCAAAAAGGAAAGUUUAUUGUUAUUCUUCAGAUUCGGAGGACGAACGUUUAAGGUCUAGUAGUCAGUGUAGUAAUUAUUCUAAUAAAUCUUAUUCGUAUCGAAGAAAAUUAAAACGUAAACAAAAACAUAAAAAUAAGGAGCGUCACAGGUCCAGCGGCAGAAUAUUUAAUUUAUCGCAGUCCAAUGCAAGUACAAUAUUAACAAUGUCUAUAUCCUCAAAAAAUGACGUGUAUCCGACAAAACAUUCCGAUCGUAGCGGUGGUUCCGAUUGUAAAGAAAAACAUAAAUCGCACAAGGAAUUAAAAUACAGAAAGUCUGAAAAUGAAAAAAAGUCGAGACCAAAAAAGAAAAGGCGACGUCUUCAAUCUUCUUCCACUUCGGGAUAAUAUUAUGUACGAUUUAUGUUAACCAAUAUCGAAAAAUAAAUUUUCAUUUAAGAUAGUUGACAUUUUAAUUUUUUAUAAGAGCUACGAUGAAUAAUAUGUAAUCAAGUAUAAUCUCAUAUUGUAUUAUUCUCCAUCAUAGAAACGCCCCGAUUGACUACGUCCCAAUUGACCACAACUUUUCUAAUUGGCGGUCCAACAGAAAAACUCUAAGCAUUAAUUGGUAUAAAUAGUGUGGUCAAUUACGACGUGGUCAAUUGAGGCGCUCCCUCCAUCAUAAUGCAACAUUUUAUGACUGAUUCAUAAUUUGUUAUAUAUAACUUUAAUACUAAAACAAAUAAGUUUAAUUAGGAUUAUCUUCUUAAAUGAAAGUUUCAUAUUGUCAUUUUGUCAUUUGUGCAUUUUUGGCACAAUAGUAUAUAAUGUUACAAGUCCGCAAGGUUAGCUAUUUCCUUUGAGUACGUUCACUUGCACAAGUGGGGAAUAGCCGAUCUACACGUGUUACACACGAUAUUUUUUGUUAUCUGUGCAUCGAAGAGUGGUCAUUUAAUGUGAAUUAACAGGUUAGUCAAGGUUAGGUCAAGUCAGGUUAGGUUGUGUUCGCGAAAGUAACGAAGAUCGGUCAAUUGUGUGAAAGUUACCAUAUACGUGUCGCGAGAUGACGCGCUUGCGAGUGUUGAAAUGAUUAAAUGUGCUGAAAGAAAUCAUGUUGGAAUGUCCGCCACGAUUCACUCCAUCUAUUAGAGGACAAGAACUGUACAAUAAUGUUAAAGUGCUUUGCUCACAAAAAGGGACUACUUUCAACGUACAUAUAACAAAAAAAAAAGUUUCAAGCGAGGACCCGGACCGAAUCAAAUUACGGUUCAGUUCCGGUUACGAUUUAAUAAAAAUAUUUGAAAACCAGUUCUGGUUUUAGUUUCGGUUCCUUGGUAAAUACAAGAACUUAAAACCAUUUAAAUUUCGAUUUUUCCGGUUUUUUCAGUAACAGAUCCGGUUCUUGAUUCUAAUUGACAAGUAAUUAUGUAAUAGUAAUUAAUUAUUAGUAUUUAAUAAUAUUUAAUUGUUUAAUAAUAAUUUAUAAAGAAUUAAAUAUGAGGGAAAAAAUCAAUUUGAUCACAUGAUUGGUAAGAAAUUUCGGCAUUAGAAAUAUAAAAAUAUUUAAGAAUAAAUUGCAAGAACCGAAAAAAACCGUAAAACGAAAAUAAUUUAAUGGCUCUGAUUAUGGUUCUGGUGCUGUAAAUUUAUUAGAACAUGGUUACGGUUUUGGUCCGGCAAAAAAACUGGCUAUCGGUUUCGAUUCGGUCUAGGUUCCUGGUUUCAAGAGACAUUGUUGCUAUAAUAAUGCAAUACGAUAUAUGUAUCACACGCCGCACACGCGCGCACGCACGCACACACAAACACUCACGCGUGUAUUGUCACUCUAAAUCUCAUAAGAAUAUUACAUUAUACACAGCGAUACACACACGCGCGCGCGCGCGCACGCACGCACCACGCAAUACGAUAUAUGUGUGUAUGUGUGGCACGUGUAUAUUAUUUAAUUAUGUUAGUAAUUAAAGAGCAAUUUGUGCAAAUAUUGUAUUGGAAUAUUUAAAAAAUGCUCUGUAUGAAGUCCCAAAAAUUGUAAAUAUAUAUAUAUUUGAUA